CUGAUCUGUUUAACUUUUCAAGUUAUUGCAUUUGAAAAUGCUGUUAAGAUUUUUCAAGCAAAUCAUCCAUCAUUAUAAAUUGAUUUGAAUUGCUAUAAACUCUAUUGGCUAUCUAUUGUCAUCUAAAUUGUAUUUAUAUUUGAAUCUUCUCAUUUUAGUUUGUUACAUUAGUUGCAAAUCAUUGAAAAUCAAUGUAGCUCUAAUUGUCACUUUUAAAGCAACUGUGCCUUGGCUCAUCUGUGACCAGAAUACAUUUUUUACCGCAUCCAUCUGAAGCCAAUUACAUUUUGUGUGAUUCUUCAAUUCCAAAGCAUGCGAGGUCCAUCGUUCAUCAUAUUCAUCUUUUGUUCCUUUGGUUUUACGCACUGUUCGAUUGACUAUCAAAUAAUGUUAGAAAAAACUGCGAAAGAAAUAAAUGAGUUUACAGAAGCUUUACGCUUGUCUGAGGAGCAAUUAGCGAAAGUUAACGAAACACAGAUCAUGGUUAGGGAUUUCGUUGAGAAGGUUGCUCAAUUUGUUGAACUACAAAAAAUUGUUUUACAGCCAAGUUGCGUCGCUCGUAAAUUUUCAAGACAAUCUUUGAGCCAAUAUGAACAUAGUACGGCCGAUUAUCUCUAUCAAUGUGAAAAGCUGAUUAAUCGUACAGAUGAGCUCAGUCGGAUCAUUGGAUGUGAAACUGAGGCUAAAGAUUACAUUUGUUACCGAAUCCAUGUAACUGGUCCAUUGCCUGAACCUGAUAAGGAUGGACUUGAUUGUUAUAUGGUUGACAAUCCUUUUCAUGACAUCUUUAAGGAACAAUUGCCAGAUUUAAUUGUUCGUUCAUGCGUUCAUGCAAGUAUUCAUGUGAUUUCAUUUACAAUCAUUUGUGUAUUUCUUAUUGUUAUUUGUUUUCAAUGUCGUAAUGCUAG